AUGAGACAGAGCGGCGCCUCCCAGCCCCUGCUGAUCAACAUGUACCUGCCAGAUCCGGUCGGAGAAGGUCUCUUCAAGGAGGGGAAGAGCCCGGGGUGGGGGCCACUGAGCCCUGCGGUACAAAAAGGCAGUGGGCAGAUCCAGCUGUGGCAGUUUCUGCUGGAGCUGCUGGCGGACCGUGCCAACGCAGGCUGCAUCGCGUGGGAGGGUGGCCACGGCGAGUUCAAGCUCACGGACCCAGACGAGGUGGCGCGACGCUGGGGCGAGCGCAAGAGCAAGCCCAACAUGAACUACGACAAGCUGAGCCGCGCGCUGCGCUACUACUACGACAAGAACAUCAUGAGCAAGGUGCACGGCAAGCGCUACGCCUACCGCUUCGAUUUCCAGGGCCUGGCGCAGGCCUGCCAGCCGCCCCCGACGCACGCCCAGGCCGCCGCCGCCGCCGCGGCCGCCGCCGCCGCCGCAGCCCAGGACGGCGCGCUCUACAAGCUGCCGGCCGGCCUGGCGCCGCUGCCCUUCCCCGGCCUCUCCAAACUCAACCUCAUGGCCGCCUCUGCCGGCGUCGCGCCCACCGGCUUCUCCUACUGGCCCGGCCCGGGCCCCGCCGCCACCGCCGCCGCCACCGCCGCGCUCUACCCCAGCCCGGGCUUGCAGCCCCCGCCCGGGCCCUUCGGUGCCGUAGCCGCCGCCUCGCACUUGGGGGGCCAUUACCACUAG